AUGAGCCAAGACAAGAAACAAAGUGGUAUUGCUCGAUUACUAGGUUCAGCUUCAGCUGGUAUCUUAGAAAUCUGUGUUUUCCAUCCGGUUGACACGAUUUCUAAAAGACUAAUGACUAACCACACAAAGGUGGUAUCUGCCAGUGAAUUGAAUAAAGUUAUUUUUAAAGAGUAUGCAACCAUACCAUUUGGUAAGCGUUUAUUUACUUUGUUUCCAGGCUUAGGCUAUGCAGCAUCAUAUAAAGUUUUACAAAGGGUUUAUAAGUAUGGUGGUCAGCCCUUUGUUAAUGAAUAUUUAAAUAAAAAUUUCAAGAAAGAUUUUGAUAAUGCAUUUGGUGCUAAAACUGGUAAGGCAAUGAUUUCUGCUACUGCUGGUUCACUGAUUGGGAUUGGUGAAAUUAUUUUAUUACCUUUAGAUGUUUUAAAAAUUAAGAGUCAAACCAAUCCAGAUGCUUUUAAAGGUAGAGGUUUUGUGAAGAUCUUGAAGGAAGAAGGCUUCUUUAACCUUUAUAGAGGUUGGGGCUGGACAAUUGCAAGAAAUGCCCCAGGCUCAUUCGCGUUAUUCGGUGGUAAUUCAUUUACCAAGGAAUAUUUAUUUGGCUUGAAGGAUCAUUCCAAAGCAUCAUGGGAGCAAAAUUUUGUAUCAUCUAUUGUAGGUGCCUGUUCUUCAUUGAUUGUAUCUGCCCCAUUAGAUGUUAUUAAGACAAGAAUCCAAAAUAGAAGUUUUGAUAAUCCAGAAAGCGGUAUGACCAUUGUCAAGAAUACUUUGAAAAAAGAAGGUGUUACUGCCUUCUUUAAAGGAUUAACACCAAAAUUAUUAACUACUGGUCCAAAGUUAGUAUUUUCAUUUACACUGGCACAAACAUUAAUACCAAAAUUUGAAGAAUUAAUUAAUGGCAAAAAGUAA